AUGAACAGGAAAGGAGCUUUAGGCGAAGCGAAAAACGAAGCACUGGUCUGCGCUGGCUUUGCAGACGAAUUUGUUGUCGGACAGAACAGGGUUGCUCAACGAGCUUCAGUCGAAAUAGAAGGCGGUGUACUGAUGUACACUGGCUCUGCAUCUUCGUUUUCUAUUUGGCUGGCAUGAUAUUCAUUUUUUUUGGACGCUACUCAUACGAAUAGCUCGCUGAAGAUUUGCGUGAAAAAAUGUCCCGAGGAAAAUGUUCUGCCGGCCGAUGUUGAGAAAUUCCAUGAAAGUACUGGCAAUGCUUUUUGCAUGACCAACCGACGAGGCACUGCUAAUAGACAAUUUUGUCCGCGGGGUCCGAUUUAUAAAAGCACCGAACGACUGAUGAUGUGUAUUCCGGAUGUACUCCUGAGUAAAAGUGUUGGUGCGCAUGAAAUUGGUACAUUGUUGAAUUCAACUUACAUGCUUUUGCAGUAUUUCAUUGCGGAUCUGGUGACCAUUCGAUAUGAUAUUUUGCCGUUUUGUUUAUUUUCCCUUGGUACGUUCAUUUUACAGAAUAGAAGUUCACCUAGACAGAAAAGACCAGAGCGAAAAAAUCAGUAG